AUGUCUUCACUUCCCAAGCGUGACAACUUGGUGUUGACCAUCAUCUUCAUUCUCCCCAUUAAUGAGCAACCACUCGCCAAAAUCGCCAUUCACAAAACUGUUAUCGCUCUCAAUGAAUCAGCUUCCAUUCGUUCUAGCCCUUUGCUACUGGGAGUCGAGGAGGAUGAUGAUCAUAUUGAUUGGCUUAACAUAGACCUCGAGUACCCUGAACCAUCUAUAGACGAUUGGGUUGGAAUUUUUUCUCCGGCGAAGUUGAAUGCUUCCGAUUGCUCAUCUGAAGCCGGUGAGUGGCCGGAGAAUCCAACCUUAUGCACAGCUCCAAUUAAGUACAAAUUCGCAUAUCAGUCAUCUGCUGAUUACGUUAAAACAGGAAAAGCUAAAGUCACCUUCCGGAUCAUAAAUCAACGUUCAAAUUUCGCAUUUGCGUUUUUUACAGGCGGAUUAGAAACUCCGAAAUUGGUUGCUGUUUCUAAUCCUAUGUCAUUUCCAAACCCUAAGGCCCCUCUAUACCCUCGUCUUGCCCAUGGAAAAGCUUGGGAUGAGAUGACUGUAACAUGGACCAGUGGAUAUAACAUUGAUGAAGCAACCCCACUUGUUGAAUGGGGAUUGAAGGGACAAACCAAAAAGCUUUCUCCUGCAGGAACAUUGACUUUUACACGUGGCAGCAUGUGUGGUCCACCUGCACGUACAGUUGGAUGGCGUGAUCCUGGUUUUAUCCACACUAGUUUCUUAAAGGACCUGUGGCCAAACACGAUGUAUGAAUACAGAAUGGGUCAUAUGCUUUUAAAUGGAUCAAUCAUCUAUAGUAAAAUAUACACAUUCAAAUCAUCUCCAUAUCCCGGACAAGAUUCGCUUCAACGUGUUAUCAUAUUUGGAGACAUGGGAAAGGCAGAACGUGACGGGUCAAAUGAGUAUGAAAAUUAUCAACCAGGAUCCUUAAUUACUACAGAUCAAUUAAUCAGUGACCUUGACAACUAUGAUAUAGUGUUCCAUAUAGGAGGUUUACCAUAUGCAAGUGGAUAUCUCUCACAAUGGGAUCAAUUCACAGAACAAGUCGAACCCAUUUCAUCAGUAAAGCCAUAUAUGAUUGCAAGUGGUAACCAUGAACGUGAUUUUCCUAAUUCUGGAUCUUUUUACGAUACUCUUGAUUCGGGCGGGGAGUGUGGUGUGCUUGCUCAGACCAUGUAUUAUGUUCCUGCAGAUAACAGAGCUAAAUUUUGGUAUGCAACGGAUUAUGGUUAUUCUUCUAACAGUUGGUUAGCCGAUGAGGGUGCAUUUGAAGAGCCCAUGGGACGUGCGAAUUUGCAAAAGUUAUGGCAAAAAUACAAAGUGGACAUCGCGUUGUAUGGGCAUGUCAAUAAUUAUGAAAGGACAUGUCCUAUAUACCAGAACAAGUGUGUGAACUCGGACAUAUCACGGUACUCUGGUACGGUGAAUGGGACGAUUCAUGUUGUUGUUGGUGGAGGAGGGAGCCGUUUGUCGAAUUUUACAGAGAUAAAUACAUUUUGGAGUUUGUAUAAAGAUCAGGAUUGGGGAUUUGUGAAACUUACUGCAUUUAACCACUCAUCACUUUUAUUCGAGUACAAGAAGAGUAGUGAUGGUUUGGUUUAUGAUAGCUUCACAAUCUCAAGGGACUACAAAGAUGUUUUGGCAUGUGUACAUGAUGGUUGUGAACCUACCACUUUGGCAACUUAAAAUGUGGUACAUCAAAAAUUUUGGCAGAUAAAACCAAUAAAAAAUACUUUUCCAAAAAAUCAUGCUGCUAAAAAUUUGUCUUAUUAGUGGUAAGGCUUCUAUUGUACAAGUAAUGUAUGUAUGUGUCCAUUAUUUUUGUUUAAUGUCCUUGUUAUAGUUAUCGUCCUAUUUUAGUUGGCUGGGAAUUGUUUUGUAUAAGCAUUAUGCAAAUUUAUUUUUAUUAGUAUUUGAGGUAAAC